AUGGAGCACGCUCACAGCGAUGCUCCCAAAUACUGCGAAGACGUUUUAUCGCUCCCACCUCUAAGCUCGGACGAUGUCCUGGCUAGUGAUACAGAUUACAGACUGUUUCAAGAAGACAUAGUCGCGCAUUCUGAGCGGCCUUCAAGUCAUGCCUCAUUCGACGAGCUACAGCCUGAGGCGUCAUCUCAUAGAUCAAGUAUACAAGCACAGCUACCGAUGGGGCUGUUUGGGUCUUAUGGGGAUUUAAAUCAUCGCUACCAAGACCUCUUGAGUGGGGAUUUCCUUGACUUGCCGACGUUCGAUUAUUCUGGGCUCUCUGAAAGAAUAGGUUCAGAUGUAAUAUCUGAAAGAUAUCCACACAUAAGCUCGUCAUUGUACAGCAGCAGAAGACGGACUAGGAGAAAGAACCGACGAUUUUCCACUACUGCAGACUAUCCGUAUCCUACCGAGCAAGAAAAGGAGCAGCUGGGGCAUGGGACGGGUUUAGAUGUAACUCAGAUAUCGAACUGGUUCACCAAUGCACGUCGCCGCAGAAUAGCCGGUAGUGAACCUACAACACAGGCACACCUCGCCGACAAUUAUCUGCUAUCACCUCUUGAGCGCUGGCAGAACUCGCCCCCGGAAAGCGAACCUGCUGCGACAUCCGACAUCCUGCGAGCCUUGGAAGAUAUUCCAUAUACUUCCGAUGCCGGCGUCACAUAUCCGGCUCAUAGGGAUGCUGUGUCGAGCAACAGCUCAAGCGCUUCGUUCGUUGUAGGGGCUCCUUCGAUCAGCAGCUACGAACACAGUCAGUCUUCUGGCUCUGACAUCUCGUUCAAUCGGUCGAAUCGAACUUCGCAAAGACCACCCACCCCUAGUAUUAAUACAAGACCCCGUCGUCGACGCCGGAAGCCUACACACCCGAACGAGGCCUGGAACAAACGGAAGUCGAAGGGUCAACGACCGUAUCAAUGCACGUUCUGUUCCGAUACCUUCAAUACUAAGUACGACUGGCAGCGACAUGAGAAGGCGCUACACUUACCGGUGGAUCGAUGGAUUUGCGCACCUCAAGGCGGGCUCAUCGAAGUGGAUGGUACCCACAUCUGUGUAUUUUGCCAGGCCCCAGACGUGGACUUCAAUCAUCUCGAAAUUCAUGGCUACCUCGCCUGUCGAGAGAAAUCAUCAGAGCAACGAACAUUUACUCGAAAGGAUCAUCUUCGACAGCACCUUAGGCUGACCCACAAUGUCGACUAUCAUCCUUCGAUGGAACAGUGGCGAGACUCUCUAACGGUCAUUAAGUCUCGUUGUGGAUUCUGCGAAGCAAGAUUUGAGACAUGGCCGGAAAGGGUAGAUCAUGUCGCAGACCACUUCAAGAAGGGUGCGGAUAUGAUCCAAUGGAAGGGUUGCUGGGGGUUCGAGCCUCAUGUUACCAAAUUAGUGGAAAAUGCCAUGCCUCCCUACCUUGUAGGGCAUGAGCGGCAAACGAUGGACCCAUGGAAAACAACCGAUGCUCUUGCUACGGGGGCCAACGAAGUCCUGCCUUUCAUCAAUGAUGUUCCCAAUGCCCUAAGCCGCUAUGUUAAUCUCAGACGCGAUCUUAUCGUUUAUAUACGUGAGCAGGCCGCCGUGGGUAAUGAUGUUACUGACGAGAUGGUUCAAGACAAAGCUCGUGAGAUAGCAUACGGAAGCAAUGACCCUUUUGAUCAGACAUAUGCCGAUAAUCCUAAAUGGAUUGCAAGCUUGAGACAGGAAGCGGGACUAAUGUCGCUACCCGCAUCGAACUGUCUCUUUCCAUAUUGCGACGAUCCACCCCCUCAGGGUCCAGCUGCGAGAAAUGAUGUGUCACAGCCACCACUUUCUGAAUUUGGCCUAAUUUUCAAGGACCUGUGGAAUUGA